GCGGAAACUCCGUGAGAUUAGUACCAAAUUCCAGCUGUUCCAGAAACCAGCCAACUUUGAGCAGCGAAUGCUGGACUGCAAGAGGAUUCUGGAAAACGCUAAAGCCGAACUUCACGUCCUUGACCUGAAAGACACGCAACCAGAGGAGAUCCAGACCCACCUGACUGGAUGCAUGAAACUAUAUAAGAUCUUGAGCGAGGUGAAACUGGAGGUGGAGACUGUGAUUAAAACAGGAAGACAGAUCGUACAGAAACAGCAGACGGAAAAUCCUAAAGAAAUGGACGAACAACUCACCGCCCUCAAAUUACUCUACAAUGAGCUGGGAGCUCAGGUGACUGAGGGGAAGCAGGAUUUGGAGAAGGCCAUGUCUCUGUCUCAGCAGCUGCAGAAGGACAGCGCCGCCCUGCAGGCCUGGAUGAGCCACACUGAGACUCAGCUGAAAGAGAAGUUCAGCACAGGAGACAUGCCUGCCGAUAUCGAGGCGGAGAUCACAUGGGCUAACGGCGUGUUGAAGGAGUCUGAGCGCAAGAAGAGCGAUCUGUCUGUGGUGACGGAGAACAGCGCCGCCCUGCAGGCCUUAGUGGAGGGCAGCGAGGCUCAGCUGGAGGAUCAGCUGUUUGAGCUGAAUGAGGACUGGGAGCGAGUGCACAUGCUGAUCGAGGACUGGCUCAGUGCUGUUCUG